AUGCUAUCGUCACCGGCGCGCCACUGCAGCAGCGGUACUGCAUCGUCGUCAUCAGCGGGCCGUGUACGAGGCACCUACAAUCAUUUCCAGCAGCAGCAGUUUCACCACCACUCCUUCUACGAGAAGGGCUCUUCGGCACCGCGUGGAAGCGAUGGAGCCGGCGCGGGUGGCAAGCAGGCACAGAGCGACGCAGCGGGCGGCAGCUGGGACAGUGACCGGUCAUCCUCGUCCACCACGGCAUCCUCACAGCAGAGGGAACAGGACGAGCACACGUAUCGCAUGGGCUCCGCCACGGCGCAGCAGCGCCGGCAGGUACGUCAGCAGUGGGAGAAGUCCUUCUUCGGUCGUUUGCACUACGAGGAAGGCAUGCACGGUCGGUUUGCCGAGGCGCUUAAGUCGGAGGAAGAGGAGGCGUUCCGACUGUCCAUCGCUGGCCAGUCAAACGCAGACUUGUUCCCCCAGUGGCCGGAGGACGAACAAGCGCCGCUGAGCGAGUUCAAGCGGCUUCGUCCAUCCCUGCAGCUACAGUAUAUCGUGAACCGGCUCAGCAGCGGCGAGCGCCGCAUCCGCUAUGCUGUCGACUUCGGCAGUCUAUUCAUGAUGGCUCAGCUGAAUCUUGGAGAGAUGAUGGUUACGGAGGCGGACACGCUGCUGCGCGAGCUGGGCUGGAUGAACGACGAGGUCGCUGCAAGGAUCGAAGAGGUUCAGGCGUUGGCUUCCAAGAUCAAGUACGACCUUGACCUCGACUAA